CGGCCCGGGCCGGCGGAAGGUACUGCACUUUAGUCCGAGGCUGUGCAGGCCGCCCGCUUUUCGGGGUUCGCGAGGUCCAACGAGUGGAGGAGGAGCAGAAGAGAUGAGGAAACAGUAUUAGAGAGGUUAAAAGAGUAACCCAAAGAUACAGAGCUGAUGAGUCGCCUGGUAUGGAGAACGGUAGCAGCCCGUGGGGUCCGGCCUUGGUGUUUUCGUUGUUGGGCUUCUGGCUCCUCUGUUAGCCAACAAUCCUGUGAAAAGGAGGCAUCUUCGGCGGGAGUUGGAGAGGAGAGUCAGAGGAGACAGAAUGCAUUGCAUAUUCAGAUGCUGUCCCGAGGGCUUCAUGAACAGAUCUUUGGGAAGCUAGAAGUGCAGUCUUCUAAGGAAGCCGUAAGGCAGAGUGUGGAACAUCUGCAGAAGCAUGGGCUGUGGGGCCAGGAGACUUCUGCUCUUCCUGAUGUGGAGCUGCAGUUGCCUCAUCUUUAUGGGGAAGACUUGGACCAGCACUUCCGGAUCCUAGCCCAGAAGCAGAACCUGCCCUACCUGGAAGCAGCUUAUGAGCUGCUCCAGGCGGAAUUGCCUCCUCUACCUAAGCGGUGGGCCUGGAAGGAAGGCUGGACCAGAUACGAGCCUGAUGGGAAGGAACAGCAGGUGGAGUUCCCUGAGGAUCGUGCCCUGGUAUUUGAUGUGGAGGUCUGCAUGACAGAGGGCAAUUGCCCCACCUUGGCUGUGGCCGUAUCACCAAAUUCUUGGUAUUCAUGGUGUAGCCGAAGGCUUUUAGAGGAACGCUACUCUUGGGCUAGACAGCUGUGUCUAUCUGACCUCAUUCCUCUGGAAACUCCUACCAAUGUUAGUGGUCCGGUCAAGCAGGAUGGGUUGGAGCGUUUGAUCAUAGGGCACAAUGUUUGCUUUGAUCGGGCCUACAUAAAGGAGCAGUACUUGAUUCAGGGCUCUCGGAUGCGCUUCUUGGACACCUUGAGUAUGCACAUGGCUAUCUCUGGCUUGAGUAGCUUCCAGCGAAGCCUUUGGAUGGCAGCCAAGCAGGGGAAACAGAAAGGCCAUCAGCAGGUCCAGAAACAUAUCAAGAAAACCCAAAGUAAUGCCAGGGGCCCACUGAUCUCUGCCUGGGCUUGGUUGGACAUCAGCAGCAUCAACAACCUAGCAGAUGUGCACAGUCUAUAUGUUGGGGGACCACCUCUGGAGAAGGAAGCCAGGGAACUGUUUGUCAAGGGAACCAUGAAGGACAUCAGGGAAAACUUCCAGGAUCUGAUGCAGUAUUGUGCUUUGGAUGUGCAGGCCACCUAUGAGGUUUUUCAGGAACAACUGCCACUCUUCAUGGAGAGGUGCCCUCACCCUGUAACACUAGCUGGGAUGCUGGAGAUGGGGGUGUCUUAUCUUCCUGUCAACCAGAACUGGGAUCGCUACCUAGUGGAGGCUCAGACUACUUACGAGGAGCUGCAGAAGGAGAUGAAGAAGUCUCUGAUGGACCUUGCCAACGAUGCCUGUCAGCUAGUGUCUGGGGAAAGGUACAGAGACAACCCCUGGCUUUGGGACCUGGAGUGGGACCUACAGGAGUUUAAGCUGAAGAAGAAAAAGAUUGGGAAGAAGGAUCAAAGUAUAUCCUGCAGGUCCACUGAGGCUGGAAAAUCCUCAGAGAUGGAAGGGGAAGAAGAUUCUGGCCCUCCUAGUGAAGAGGAAGAGCUGCACAGUGAUUCUGCCAUCAGAACUCGAAUGGAGGAGUUGAAAGACACAGUAUCAUUGUUACCUAAGAGGACUCAACACUUGCCAGGACAUCCAGGGUGGUAUCGGAAACUCUGUCUUCGACUGAAUGACCCUUCCUGGGUGCCAGGCCCCAGCCUCAUCAGCUUGCAGAUGCGAGUGACUCCAAAGCUCAUGAUGUUAACGUGGGAUGGAUUCCCUGUACACUAUUCAGAGCAGCAUGGCUGGGGUUACUUAGUACCUGGGCGGCAGGAUAACCUGUUAGCAGGUUCCUCAAAGACAGAUGUUGCUAGCUGUCCCUACAGAGCCAUUGAAGCCCUCUAUCAGAAAUACUGCAUGGACAGGGGGAAGGAGCAACCUGCGCUGAUGGCCCAGGCCUUGCCAGAGGAAUUCAUGCUCACUGACAACACAGUGUGGCAAACGGUAGAGGAGUUGAGCCACUUGGAACCUGAUGCUGAUUUUGAAAAUGGUAGAACAACACAGGAGGAGACUAAUGGUUUGAAGCUUAGUCAGCCAACCUGUCACCAUGGCAAUGGACCUUACAAUGAUGUGAACAUUCCUGGCUGCUGGUUUUUCAAGCUGCCACACAAGGAUGGCAAUAAUUGUAACGUGGGGAGCCCCUUUGCCAAGGAUUUCCUGCCAAAGAUGGAAGAUGGUACGCUGCAGGCUGGUCCAGGGGGUGCCAGCGGCCCGAGGGCUCUCGAAAUCAACAAGAUGGUCUCCUUCUGGAGAAAUGCUCACAAGCGCAUCAGUUCCCAGGUGGUUGUGUGGCUGCAGAAAGGAGAGCUGCCACGAACAGUGAUUAGGCACUCAGAUUAUGAUGAAGAGGGCUGCUAUGGGGCCAUUCUGCCACAGGUGGUGACAGCUGGCACCAUCACUCGAAGAGCAGUGGAGCCCACCUGGCUCACAGCCAGCAAUGCCAGGGUGGACCGGGUAGGAAGUGAGCUGAAAGCCAUGGUGCAGGCCCCACCUGGCUAUGUUCUAGUUGGAGCUGAUGUCGACUCCCAGGAACUGUGGAUUGCUGCUGUGCUUGGAGAUGCCCACUUUGCUGGAAUUCAUGGCUGUACUGCCUUUGGUUGGAUGACCCUUCAGGGAAAGAAGAGCAGUGGGACUGACUUGCACAGUAAGACGGCAUCCACAGUGGGCAUUAGUCGAGAGCAUGCCAAGAUUUUCAACUAUGGCCGUAUUUAUGGGGCUGGUCAGCCCUUUGCUGAGCGUUUGCUGAUGCAGUUCAACCACCGCCUGACACCACAGCAAGCCAAAGAAAAGGCUCAGCAGAUGUAUGCUGUUACCAAAGGUCUCCGCCGGUAUCAACUUUCAAAGGAUGGUGAAUGGUUGGUGAAGGAACUGGGGAUUCAGCUGGACAGGACAGAAGAUGGUUGGGUUUCUCUUCAGGACCUACGGAAGAUCCAGAAAGAAGCUUCCAAGAUGUCUCAUAGAAGAAAGUGGGAUUUGGUAGCUGACCGAGCCUGGGCAGGAGGGACAGAGUCAGAGAUGUUCAACAAAUUGGAGAGCAUUGCCAUGUCAGAUGCCCCUAGAACCCCUGUACUGGGCUGCCAAAUUUCCCGUGCCUUGGAGCCUUCAGUUGUCAAAGGGGAGUUUGUGACUAGCCGAGUGAACUGGGUGGUACAGAGCUCAGCCGUGGAUUAUCUGCAUCUGAUGCUUGUGGCCAUGAAAUGGCUGUUUGAAGAAUUCGACAUCAGUGGCCGUUUCUGUAUCAGCAUUCAUGAUGAGGUCCGCUACCUGGUUCAAGAGAAAGAUCGCUACCGUGCAGCCCUCGCCUUGCAGAUCACAAACCUUCUGACAAGAUGCAUGUUUGCCCAUAAACUAGGUCUUAAUGACCUGCCCCAGUCUGUGGCCUUUUUCAGUGCAGUUGAUAUUGACCAGUGCUUAAGGAAGGAAGUGACAAUGGAUUGUAAAACACCUUCUAACCCAACUGGACUAGAAAGGAGAUAUGGGAUCCCCCCAGGUGAAGCACUGGAUAUUUAUCAAAUAAUUAAACUCACCAAAGGCUCCUUGGAGAAAAGAAGCUAAGCCUGGAACAUGGCAUGGUCAAAGGCAUCCCAUUUGCUCCCAUGGAGCAUUAACACUGAUGAAGGCGCCUAUCCCACAGCGUUUUUGGUUUAUCCUUUUCUGGACAAGGUUCACAUAGGGAAAGUCAUUUAUCCAGAAAAAGGACAUUCUUACAGAGUUUAUGUGCUGCUGUUUGGUAAGGCAUUCCACUGCCAUGCCAAGAAUCAUGGAGUUCAUUUCAGUGGGUUCAAAACUAAGGUGCUAUGGCUACAGUAUGAAGGCCAAAAAGGUCCUGAAGUAGUCAGGAGUCAUGCUGUAUGUGGCAGCUUAGGGAUUUCAUUUUUUUUUCCUUUUCUUCUUGGGUGGUUCUUGACUAUCUUUUCUUUGCUCAGAUGUUGCAGUCUGGAAGGAAAGAGAAAUGUUCAAUAAAAGUUAUUUUAUGAAAGCUCAUGUCAUUCCUGCUUUUUGUAGGAAAGGUUCUCCUCCUUUCCUUUUAGGGUAUCUAAUUUAGGGAAAAAGCAAUUUAUAGGUGUGUAGGUAGGGCAUAUAUAAUAAAUAUAUUCCCAUCUGCUGUUAACUACAUUUAUGUUUUUUAAUGACCUGAUCACACUUGGUAAUCAGAAUGAGAAUAGUAUAGAUAACUGGAAUUACUAAAUCUCAAUUUUAUUUCAUCUAAAUAUGUCAACCUCUUGCUUUUUAUAAGACAGCCAGGUGGAGAACCAAUAGCUACCUACCUUAAUAUUCUCCCAGAUCUGUUGGCAGUUCCUAUCAUAUUCUCAAUAGGCCCCCUUCUUUUUUCUACAGCUAGCCUUAUUUCUUUUCUUUCAGUCCACCUCAACCUAAGCCCAUGUGGAUGCCCAUAUUAUCAACCUAUAAAAAGCAGAGGUAAUGGUGGAAAGAGCACUUGACUCGGGUCAGCAAACACAGAUCUCUCCGAGGUCCAGUUUUCUCAUCUGCAAAUGAUGCCUGUACUGCCUGCCUCAGAAGGACUGUUGUGAGGAAAACAUUUUGUAAACUGUAGUGUCCCACCAGUGUGAGCUGUCCCCUUUCAGAGCUAUACUCUGAUCUGAUUACACAUUCUUUGAAACCAAGAAAAAAGGGAGCUGACCUGAUCUGCCCCUGUCUCAUUC